CGGUUUUAACUCCCGACAGGCAGCAGCACACACGACGCACCAACCAGCGACAGCAAAGCCCAGAGGCCUGCCUCAGCGGCAGUAGCUCGCAACUCUCACCCCUCCCUCUCUCUCUAGCUCCCUCCCUCCCUCUCUCUCUAGUAGUGUUGCUGCUGCUUCUGGUCUAGCUUGUCGGGACGGAGCCGCCGCCGCCGCCGCUCGCUGGGGCACGGCAGCUUUGCGGAAGAGCCCGGCCGGCCGGCCUGCCGGUGUCCGGGACCCAUACAGCGAAAAAGAAACUCGGCGCCGCGCGUGGUCCUCUGUGACUCAUGCGCGGGAGCCACCGAAGCUAGCAAGCUUCCGCGUGUGAAGAGGCGGCCAUGGCGCAGUCGCCGGCGAGCUCCGCCGUCGCGGCGUCGGCUCCAUGCGAAGGGGAGCGCAAGGCGCCGGCGAUCAACGGGGAGCUGUGGCACGCCUGCGCGGGGCCGCUGGUGUCGCUGCCGCCGGUGGGCAGCCUCGUCGUCUACUUCCCCCAAGGCCACAGCGAGCAGGUUGCAGCUUCUAUGCAAAAGGAUGUCGAAGCGCAUGUGCCGAGCUACCCCAACCUUCCCUCAAAGUUGAUAUGUCUUCUGCACAGCGUCACUUUGCAAGCAGACCCAGAUACUGACGAGGUGUAUGCGCAGAUGACUCUUCAGCCAGUGAAUACAUAUGCAAAAGAGGCGUUGCAGCUGUCAGAGCUUGCGCUAAGACAAGCGAGGCCACAGAUGGAGUUCUUCUGCAAGACGCUCACCGCUAGCGAUACGAGCACGCACGGAGGCUUCUCCGUGCCUCGCCGUGCCGCGGAGAAGAUAUUCCCUUCCCUGGAUUUCUCGUUGCAGCCUCCGUGCCAAGAGUUGCAGGCCAGGGAUAUACAUGACAAUGUGUGGACAUUCCGUCAUAUAUUUCGGGGUCAGCCUAAAAGACAUUUACUUACUACUGGUUGGAGCCUCUUUGUGAGUGGCAAGAAGCUAUUUGCUGGUGAUUCUGUCAUAUUUGUUAGAGAUGAAAAGCAGCAACUUCUACUGGGAAUCAGGCGCGCUAACCGACAGCCCACGAACAUAUCAUCUUCGGUACUUUCAAGCGACAGUAUGCACAUAGGGGUCCUUGCCGCAGCUGCACAUGCUUCUGCCAACACCAGCCCAUUUACCAUAUUUUAUAACCCUAGGGCCAGUCCUACUGAAUUUGUUAUCCCAUUUGCCAAAUACCAGAAGGCAAUGUACAGUAGUCAGAUCUCUUUAGGGAUGCGCUUCCGCAUGAUGUGCGAGACGGAGGAACUAGGGACAAGACGGUACAUGGGUACGAUAACUGGAAUAAGUGAUCUAGAUCCAGUGAGAUGGAAAAACUCCCAGUGGCGCAGCUUACAGGUUGGGUGGGACGAGUCGGCUGCAGGAGAAAGAAGGAACAGAGUUUCAAUCUGGGAGAUUGAACCGCUUGCUGCUCCUUUUUUCAUAUGUCCCCAGCCAUUCUUUGGUGUGAAGCGCCCCAGGCAAUUAGAUGAUGAGUCGUUGGAGAUGGAAAGUCUUAUGAAGAGAGCAAUGCCUUGGCUUGGUGAGGAGGUAUGCAUAAAGGACCCUCAAACCCAGAGCGCUACAAUGCCUGGCCUGAGUUUAGUUCAGUGGAUGAACAUGAACCGGCAGCAGAGCUCCUCAUUAGCUAGCACAGCCAUGCAGUCCGAGUACCUCCGAUCAGCGAGUAACCCUGCGAUGCAAAAUAUUGGCGCUGCCGAUCUUGCAAGGCAGUUAUAUAUGCAGAACCAUCUACUACAACAGAAUAGCAUGCAGUUUAAUCCUCCCAAACUCCAUCAGCAAAUGAAACCUAUUAAUGAUUUGUCAAAUGCAGCACUUCCGUUGAAUCAACUAAGUGCCAUCAGAAAUCAUCAAGAUCAGAAGCAAGAUCAGCAGAGGCAACAGCAGUCCAGUAUCCAAGCAAUUCCCCUAAGCCAGGCCCAGGCUCAAACUAAUAUUGUCCAGGCACAAGUAAUUCUCCAGAAUCAGAUGCAGCAACAACAGCAACAAAAACAACCACCACCAUCACCAACUCAAAACCAGCAUGGGGCCAGUGGCCAGCACCUGCUUCAGUCUCAUCAACUGCAGGACCAAAAUUUGCAAAUGCAGCAGCAACAGCUUUUACUUCACCAACAGUUACAGCAGCAGCAGCAGCAGCAGCAGCUAAAUAAGUUGCCUGGGCAACUAGCUAAUCUGGCAAGUCAGCAAACACAAUUGUCUGAUCAGGAACUCCACUUGCAGCUGUUACAGAAACUACAGCAGCAGUCACUGAUGUCACAAUCCGCAGUUACACUCUCACGAUUACCAAUAAUCCAAGAGCAGCAAAAUUUUCUUGUGGACAUGCAACAGCAGUUGUCGAAUUCGCAUUCGCUUGCCCAGCAACAAGUGAUGCCCCAACAGGACUGUAGAACUUCUUCAUUGCAGACAACACAACUGCCACCGCCCAUUCAGCAAGAGCAGCAACAGCAGCAACAGCAGAAGCCUUCACAGAAACAGGUUGCACCUACAUAUGUGUCAGAAGCUGCCUUUGCACAGAUCUCUUCUACCAGUGUGAUCCCAAAAACUGGUAACGCUACGAUAGUUCCUGGUGCUGCACAAUCUGCUGUUACAGAGGAAAUACCUUCUUGUUCGACAUCCCCUUCCACAGCUAAUGGCAACCAUCUUGCGCAGCCAACCAUUGGCAGGAAUGAUCAUUGCAAAACCAGCACAGAGAAGGUGCCACACUCUAUUGCUCAGAUGUCAAUUCUGAUCCCCAUUGAAGCUGUAUCAGUAACUCCAGUAACGACCAAGGAAUUGCCAAAGUUAAACAAUGGUGUUAAGUCAAGUGCGAUCACCUCGAAAUUACCAAAUGUUGUGUCCGGCCUUCAAAAUUUUAUGAACAAUGCACUGCCAACAGACAACCUGGAAACAGCUUCGUCAGCAACUUCAUUAUGGCCUUCACAAACAGAUGGACUUCUGCAUCAAGGUUUCGCCACUUCUAACUUCAACCAGCACCAGAUGUUCAAAGAUGAACUUCCUGAUGUAGAAAUUCAAGGUGUGGAUCCUAGUAACAGUGCCCUCUUUGGGAUGAACAAUGAUGGCCCAUUAGGGUUUCCUAUGGAAACAGAAGGCUUGUUGGAAAAUGCACUUGAUUCUGUGAAGUAUCAGAAUCAUUUCUCAACUGAUGAUGAGAACAACUACCAGAUGCAAAAGGAUGCCCGUCAAGAGAUAUCAACCUCCAUGGUUUCACAGUCAUUUGGUCAAUCAGAUAUGGCUUUUAAUUCCAUUGAUUCUGCAAUUAAUGAUGGUGCCUUAAUGAACAGAAGUUCUUGGCCUCCUGCUGCUCCACCACAGAGGAUGCGUACAUUCACCAAGGUGUACAAGCGUGGAGCUGUAGGCCGGUCCAUUGACAUCGGUAGGUUCUCUGGAUAUGGAGAACUGAACCAAGCUUUGGCCCGCAUGUUUGGUAUAGAGGGGCAACUUGAAGACCGACAGAGAAUAGGUUGGAAGCUAGUCUACACAGAUCAUGAGGACGACGUCCUACUUCUCGGCGAUGACCCAUGGGAGGAGUUUGUGAAUUGUGUGAAGUGCAUUAGGAUCCUGUCCCCUCAAGAAGUGCAGAAGAUGAGUCUGGAUGGUGAUUUAGGGAGCAAUGUCCUGCCCAACCAGGCUUGCAGCAGCUCAGAUGGAGGGAAUACUUGGAAGCCUCGUUACGAGCAGAACUCCGGGAACCCUUCCAUCGGCCCCUAUGACCAAUUCGAAUGACAUGACUUAGAGGCGCAUUCACAUAGUUGUCAUGUUAACAUCUUGGUUAGUUGUAUUCACUAUUUGUCUUCACCAUUAUGGAUUCAUGUGUACUACAGCCAUCAUCAAAGCUGCAAAAGAAAUGCAGUGAAGAAUGUAGUGUAGAUGCGUCAGCUUAUAGCUGUGAGGGAAAAUGCUCCUCAGAUUAGGUUUUCUUUUGGAUAUAUAUGUAGUUAUAUCAGUUGAAACGAGUAGUAGGGAUGAGAACUGAAAACUUUCCCAGAGUUGUUAGAGACCUGAGACAGUUAGGCAAAUCUGAAGAUAGUAUGUUCUUGGGAAGAACAUUUGUACUGGACUAUUGUUGGGUUGUGUGUAGCCCUUGUCAAGGUCACCAUCCCUAAAUAGAAACUGCUAGGUUUACUAAAAAAAAUUGAAACUGCGAUAACAAGCUUACAUGUA